ACCCUUUCCCAUCUGUUUUGUUGCGCCUCUCAAAAUGGCAGAAGAUGCCGUGAGCCUUAAACUGGUGAAAACAAUUACCUUAUCUCGUACGUGAGCCCAGCCCACCUUCAUCGAGUGCGUACAAGUUCCAGGAACAAUAUGAAAGAUGCUUCAAUUCUGGAAAAAAUCUGGUUCUAAAGAAACGUCGAAAUCGAAUCCACCCUCGCCCCUUCGAUCACCUUGUUCACUUGAUAGUCCAACCCAAAUCAAUGGUGACAUAGGGGUGGCAAAUGGAUCAAGUGGUUCUCUUACAUUACUUGCUCAUUAUGAGGAGGAUGACACAAACCAAUCUGAGGAUGCUGAAUGGCUGCAAAUAUCAAGAUCCCGUUUGUCUAUGUCCCUUGCCGAAGUCAUAGCUGACAAGGGCGCUCUAGGCUAUUUCAUACAAUAUUUAGAGGCCCGUUCUGCAGGUGCUCUGAUUCGUUUUUAUUUGGAUGUAGAGUGCUUUCGCUCUGCAGCUCAGGAAGAUGCAAGGUCAUCACAUUCUCAUGAUCUGCAGGCAAAGUUUAAAACUAGAAAUAAAGAAAUCUCUAAUUCUACUAGUGAGCACUCACUCUCAUUUUGCAAUCAGACGCAAAGUGGAAUUUCAGUGAUAGCCAAAGAUAAUGAUGGGAGGACUGACGGUACCAUUCAUGAAGGGGCCUCAGUGCAUGGUGAUGCUGUGAGAAUUUUUGAAAAAUACUUAGGUUUGAAUGCACCUCUUCCUGUACCAAUUGAAGAAGAUGUGCGUAACUGUGUAGCUUUGGCAUUGUGUCGCCAAGGAUUAUUAGAUCCUGAAUGCUUCAGUCCUGCUCAGAGUGUGUGUCAUCAAAUAAUGGAAGAAGAAUAUUUCAAUGAGUUUUUAAGAAGUGAUUUUUUUUGCAAACACCAAAUUGAUGUUCUAACCAGUGGUGAUGUUGGUUUGAUGGACAUUCUUCACAAUCAAACUUCCCUCUCUUAUUUCAUGGAGUUCAUGGAACAAGAAAGUCAAAGAGCUCUACUUGAGUUUUGGUUGGCAGCUCAUCAUUUUUCCAGUCAGAUGAGAGAAGAUGGGGAUCCUGUAAAUGUUGAACAAGCUCAAAGUGAUGCCAUUGUACUGUAUGAGAAAUACUUUUCACUUCAGGCCACAUGCCCCUUAGGUUUCAGCAACAAAAUUAGGGUUCAAAUUGAACAUAACAUUUGUAGUGAAAAUGGCCCUCCUUCAACAUGCUUCAGCCAUCCUCUUAAAAUAGUUGAAAAGUUCCUUAACAAGAAUUACUUGAAGCCAUUUUUAGAAUCCCAGUUGUACAUGAAAUAUCUCUCAGAAUUAAUUAAUACAAUUCAAGCUACAAGAAAUGGUGGCUCUGAUUGUGGAAGUGAAAUUGGUGAGAAACCAUCCUUGAAUACAAAUACACUCUUAGCAGGAGGAGAUUUAACUCUAUCUCGCAAAAUACUUCGAAAUAUGGAACAGCAAAAUCUCAGCAUUGAUUCAAGACAACUGUAUGACCCGGAUUCACUUUGGAGAAGGCGACAUCAUAGUGGGCUGAGUUUUGGUAGGAUCAAUGAACUAGGGAGAUUUGAGACAGAAGUUGAACCUGAACCAGAUAAAAAGAGUGAAUCCCGGAUUACUCGAGCUAUGAAAAAGUUAGUGCAUAUGGAUGAAGACAAGGCAAAGGAAGAAAUGGCGUGGCAGAUAGCAGAAAUGAUAGUCAAAGAUGUCACAAGUCUCACUCUUCAUGAAGAUUCAAAUACAUAGUGUUUAUGGUGUGACUAUAGAAAUUUGCCUCUGGCAAUAUUGCCUCUUCAUGAAAAGGACAUUUUAAAAGCUAUUUACUGUGUUAGGUAUUUAUAAAGGUAACUUUUGCAUGUGAUACAAUAGCAAGCGUUUUGCUUCUUCCCGUCACUCGCUCAAUUUCUUCUUUUUAAAAAAUAAAACAAUUUUAAUUCUAAAAGAUGGCAGUUUAGAAGACAGAAUAAAAUGAUCGUACCAUAGAAUGAAAUUAACCCUAGUCAUGACUUUUGGGGGUUGAAAUAUCUUUGUUUAUUAAUGGCUGUCAGCUACUUUGAGUUGUGCAAUAUUUAUGUUUAAUGUGUAAUUCCAAUUUUAUUACUUUUUUUUCAAUUUCAAGUAUAUUUGCUCUCAUCUGAUCUAAUCUAAGUUGGUAGUUGACAGAAAGGGGGAGAAUAUUUGACCAACUGGUCAUAAGAUCAAAUGAACUGUAGUUAUAAUUUACUGAUUGGGCUGUGAUAAUGUGUUGGUGCCCUCUGUGAUGUGUUGCACUUUUUAAUCAGAAUAAGAAGCUUUAUUAUUAGAUUAUGAUAUCAAAUCUCCAUAAAUAUCUUCAAGGUAUCAAAAAAGUAUGUCUACUUUUGUAUUACAGAAAUUUAACUGAGAUGUGUAAAAAAAGCUAUGUAUAUAGAGAAAUUACAUAUGUUUAUAUUGUAACAUGAAUGUACUUGUGUCACCUGUUCAAUGUGCAAUUUGAAAUAUAUGUUAAUGAAAUUGUU